CUCAGGGCCCCGAGUCGCCCGCCCCCGCGGGAUGCCCGAGCAACUAAGGAGCUCUGUGCAUGUGAAAGGCUCUGGAAUGUUACAGGACCGUCUCUAUUGCUUGGUGAGUAAUCAGACAUGUAAGUAGGCCCUCAAGAAGCAAGCUACAUUUAAAGAAGGCUUAUUUGAAUCAUUGGAGAGGACACCAUGGAGUGCAAGACUGAGGGGAAAGAAAAAUACCAACACAGCUUGAAUCUACUGAAUAAAAUUAAGAACAUGAAAGAGUUAGCAGAGAUCAUUGAUGUUGUACUCAUUGCAGAAGGGGAGAAAUUUCCUUGCCACAGACUGGUUCUGGCUGCGUUUAGUCCUUAUUUCAAAGCGAUGUUUACCUGUGGACUACUUGAGUGUACUCAGAGGGAAGUCGUACUUUAUGACAUCACAGCAGAGAGUGUGUCGGUGAUAUUAAAUUACAUGUAUGACGCGGCUUUGGAGAUCAGUAACGCCAACGUGCAGACGGUGGCCAUGGCCGCCUACUUCAUGCAGAUGGAGGAAGUCUUCCGUGUGUGUCAGAAGCACAUGAUGGACCACAUGGAUGCCUCAAACUGUCUGGGUAUCUAUUAUUUUGCAAAGCAGAUCGGAGCUGAAGAUUUAGCUGAUCAGUCAAAGAAGUAUUUGUAUCAGCACUUUGCUGAGGUGAGCUUACAUGAAGAGAUACUAGAAACUGAAGUGCACCAAUUUCUGACGCUUAUUAAAUCCGAUGACCUGAACAUAUCCAGAGAGGAGAGCAUUCUGGACCUAGUUCUGAGAUGGGUAAAUCACAACCGAGAACUGCGCACGGAGCAUCUUGUGGAGCUUUUGAAGCAAGUGAGGUUGCAACUGGUAAGUCCUUCUUUUUUAAGACAAGCCCUGAAAAGGAACACGAUGCUUCUAUGUGAUGCAAACUGCAUUGACAUCAUUCAAAACGCAUUCAAAGCCAUCAAGACCCCCCAACAGCACGCUCUCAACCUUCGCUACGGCAUGGAGACCACCAGUCUCUUGCUGUGCAUUGGCAACAACUCUACAGGAAUCAGGUCAAGACGCAGGAACUACGGGGAUGCCAGUUUUUGCUAUGAUCCUGCAUCCCGCAAGACCUAUUUCAUCUCGUCUCCCAAGUAUGGGGAGGGUUUAGGCACUGUGUAUACUGGUGUCGUCAUGGAAAACAACACUAUCGUUGUGGCUGGAGAAGCGAGCGCCUCUAAACUCUCCAGACAGAAGAGCAAGAAUGUUGAAAUCUAUAGGUAUCACGAUAGAGGAAACCAGUUUUGGGAGAAGUUAUGCACUACAGAAUUUCGAGAGCUCUACGCUCUGGGCACUGUCCAUAACCACCUCUAUGUUGUAGGAGGACAGAUGAAAAUUAAAAACCAGUAUCUUAUUACAAACUAUGUUGACAAGUACUCUGUAGAACGGGACACUUGGAGAAGGGUGUCUCCCCUUCCACUGCAACUGGCGUGUCAUGCAGCAGUUACCGUGAAUAAUAAACUUUACGUGAUUGGAGGCUGGACCCCUCAGAUGGACCUUCCUGAUGAAGAACCUGAUCGAUUAAGCAACAAGCUGUUGACGUAUGACCCCAGCCAAGAUCAAUGGACAGAGCGGGCCCCCAUGAAGUACUCGAAAUACCGGUUCAGCACAGCUGUGGUCAACAGUGAGAUUUAUGUUUUGGGUGGAAUCGGCUGUGUAGGACGAGACAAGGGCCAGGUUCGGAAGUGCCUUGAUGCGGUGGAGAUCUACAACCCGGACGGGGACUUCUGGAGGGAGGGCCCACCCAUGCCCACCCCCCUGCUCUCACUUCGCACCAACUCUACCAACGCAGGCGCCGUGGACGGGAAGCUGUACGUCUGCGGGGGCUUCCACGGAGCAGGAACCAGCCUUUGUGUUGCACACAGUUGAGGAGAAUUAAGCUGAAUUGCCCACAGGAGCUGCAAGGAGGCGGCUUCUCUGAGUGGAAGAGGCAGAAGGGCUUGGUCCAGGGUCAGGGACCUGGGUUUCCAGAGGCACAGAGAGAAGACGGUGGUGGCAGAUGACACCUAGCGGCAGCAACCUGGUUCGUGCUCAGAAAAGCCUCCAAGAGAUGACAUCACAGCCUUGGGAACUUGCAAAAGAGUCCUCGCAGGCUUGGCACACAGAAAUCCUGCGUUUCCAGGGACCAGGUGGGCUUGGACACCAUGAAGAACGGGAUGCCAAAGCCCCCCCUGCCCCCCGCGUCUUGUAGCUUAGGUGUGUACCUGGAUCCUUGUAUGACCAUGAGGAGGGCUUCCUUCCAGAAGGCUCAGCAAACUAAAAACGGGAUAAACUUGAAAAUCCCACAUCGAGACACAUCUUAAUCAGACUUCUAAAACUAAAGACAAAAUGUUUAAGAGCCAGAGAAAAACAAGAGUUAACACAUGAAGAGAAAUUAUUAGAAUAACUGUGAGUUUCUCAAACCAAAGAGACCAGGAGACAGUGGAGCAGAAGGUAAGCACGAAAGACCCAGCUAUCUGGAAUUACCUACCCACCAAAGUAUCCUUCGGAACUGAGAACAAAAUUAAGAUCAGGCUGUCUCAGAUGGAGAAAAACUAAGAGAAUUUAUUACCGGCAGACCUGCUCUAAAAAAGAAAGUUACGGAAUUCUUCAAACGAAAGGCAAGUGGCAUCACUGAGAAACUUGGAACCUCAGGGAUCCAGGAAGAGAAGGAGAAACAGUGGAAACCUGGGUAAAUAUGAUGGACGUUUUCCUCCUCUUCAGCUCUUUAACACACGAAUGGCAGCUGACAGCAAAAAUUCCCACACCGUCUGGUAGUGUUCUCACUGUGGGCGAGGGCUGCGCAGAGACGGCCGUCUCCCUUGUGGUGACCGUCACACGUAAAGGCAG